AGUUUAAUUUCGCAUCGAGGCAAGCGCAGGAAAAAUCCGUCGCGCCGGACCGCAGCGCGCGAGCGUGAACAAAAGCCCGUCGACGAUGUGCGCAAAACGUGUAACUCCGCAAUACCACCUUAAACGAGCGCCUCGUACAGGCGCGGAUGAGUCUCUUCGGAAAGUAGUCCACCUUAAGCGCGCACAGCGGGUAAACGCAGGCGUAGAGCGAGGCUUCCGCUUCAUUCCCAGCCGGGCUCGGAGCGGAUCACUUCGGAGACAAGAGAGAGGCGCUGGGCCGGAGCCAACGGAACCAGUGCUGCAACAUGUCGGAGCCGAAAUACCGAGAAUGGAUCCUGGAAACCAUCGACUCCCUGCGCUCGAGAAAAGCCCGACCGGACCUGGAAAGAAUCUGCCGAAUGGUCCGAAGAAGACACGGCUCAGACCCGGACAAAACCAGGGCUGAACUAGAAAAACUGAUCCAAGAGCAAACUGUGCUGAAAGUUAGCUACAAGGGCUCCAUUUCCUACAGAAACGCCGCUAAAGUGCAAAGGAAAUGCAGAAAGAGAGCGGAGCCCGGCGGCGGCGGCGAGUCGUUGGGGGAGCACGGCAAACACGCCGGGUGCAAUAACAACGGCGACAGCGCGCUCAGCUUCACGGACCAAGAGGAGAGCGAGGAUAAGGAGCCCGAGGAACGCGGGGCGAGCCCGGGUCCCGACCCCCAGCCUCGAACCUCGCCCUCCGCCCUCGAGAAGGAAGAGCAGAUUUCACCGCUACCUAGCGGAAACAGUUUCGUUAGUUGUGGCGCAACGGGCUGCUCCGCCGGGAGCGUCAAAACAAGUGCGCCGAGAGACGAGAGCGUAGCCGCCUCUGGCCACCGCGACGCCGCUUCGAGCGCGGGUGACAGGCGGGCCGAAGGAGACGCGACGCUCGGCCGCGAGGGCAGCGCUGGUGAUGGCGAGGAGAAAGAGGAGAAAACUUGCUCGAGCGCUAGUCCGGCCGUCGGCUGCCCGCCUCCGAGAAACAAGCCCCCCGCUUCCCCCAAACUCAAGGCGGGGGCAAAGGGCUCCGGGGCGCGCUGCUCGGACCCCCCGGAGGAAAGCAGCGCCGAUCUGGGAGACAGGCUGGUCGACGCGGUCCGAAGUCUGUCAGAGAGACACCGGGGCUCCGCCGCAACACGGGGCCACGCGCCGCCGGGGCUCAAAGAGAUCCUCGGCUACCUUAGCACGCGGCGGGGGGUGCCCGGGGAGAAGCUGACCCGCAACCGCGUUAAAGUGGUGCUGGAGCGCGAGAUCGAGCGGGGUCGCCUCCGCAGGACCCGCCUCGGCCACAUCGCUCUCGCCGCGAGGGGGAUGGGGGCGGCCAAGCCGUCCGCGCGUCUCCUCAAGAGCGCACUGCAGGACAGACAUCUCGCGAAAAAGGAGGAGGUGAAGCAAGAAGAAAGGAUGGAGGUGGAGAGCGAGGAGAACGGCGCGGAGGACAACGCGGGCGGAGGAUGCUCCGGCAGCGACGACAAAGGCGUCAAAGCUGUCCCUGACCCGACCUCACCCGACACGGUGGCGGAGAACGAUAACGGCACCGACUCGCCGCCGACAUCUGAGGGGAAGUCCCAGUCACCUCCGGAGACGUCAAACCAGUGCUCCUUACAGCAGGAAGUAGACGUGGGUGGAAGUGAAGAGCAGACGAUGUCUGUGGAGCCUGAGGAUGCCGGUGCUGAGAAAAACGCAGAUGCGUCUGAUCAGCUACAUCCCAGCGUUGAGGAUCAGGUGAUUGUGACGUCAAAGACCGUAAAGGCUCCAGCUUCGAUACCUAUAAGAAACUGCUCAGGCUGUAAGCUGGAAGUGGGAGUGUCGUCAUGUCUGCUGACUCCCUCUGCCUCACCAGGAGCGGCUGAAGAACGAGGGAUGAAUGAAGGAAUGGGUUUCGUGAAGUCGGAGGCGAGCGGCAUGAGCCCGAUGGACUGGACUGUAGCAGACGUGGCCAGCUACUUCACCGCAGCCGGCUUUCCGGAGCAAGCGCUCGCUUUCAGGACACAGGAGAUCGACGGGAAGUCCCUACUUCUGAUGCAAAGGAAUGAUGUGCUGACGGGCCUGUCAAUCAGACUUGGUCCCGCCCUAAAGAUCUACGAAAGACACGUGAAGGUUCUGCAGAGGACCCAUUUCCAAGAUGACGAAGCUUUCUGCUGAUACACGCAUAUUAGCAAGUGUACACGAUGAAGUAACCCGCAUAUGCAUAUACGAAAACCAAACAAUACACGCAUAUUCCUGAAGACCGUUCGGGACUUCCUGAACGGAAACAGUUCUUGUUCUUUUUUCACACAAAAAUGUAUAUAUAUAUUUUUAAUCAGUAAUCCCACAGCUAUUGGAAAGAACUUUGGUCUGAAAAAACGAGUUCGAGUAGAAGUAGAAGAACGGAGUGAGUUUGGGAAGACCGUCAGUGUCAACCGUUAUUUGAAAAGACUGUGCAGAUCUGUGCAGUUAAUGCUGCUCUGAUGGAUGCCACUGUUUGGAUUACGACAUUGGACCCCGAAUUCAUUUCAUCAAGUGGAUUUCUUCUUUAGUACUUAUUCUGUCCAAUAGGGGGCAGGACAUCAUUUUUUUGUGACCUCACUGGUUUCAAGUUUGCUAUUGAAACCCAACAAAGGC